AUGACGACAGUCCCCGAGCCGAUUGUGGACGGAGGACUGCAGUCCCCCCGAGAUUCGGCUCUGGGAGACGAAGUGGACUCCUCAACAACUACUUUGGACUCAGCUGCCACCGAUUACCGAUACCAAAAUGGCCGCUGGUACUACGCAGACGACGACCGAUCCCUGUACCUCUUCCCCAACGACGAGAUGGAGCAAGAGAGACUCGAUCUCGAUAACGCGGUGUGGAAGCUCACGUUGGGAGGAGAAAAGAUGUUUAUGGCACCCAUCGAGCAGCCACAGAAAAUCUUGGAUCUCGGCACCGGCACCGGCAUCUGGGCGAUUCAAGUAGCUGACCAGCACCCGGGGGCAAUUGUGACCGGUAUUGAUAUAAGCCCGAUCCAACCCACAUUGGUUCCGCCAAACUGCAAAUUCGAAUACUUUGACUACAACCUUGAUUGGAAUUUUCAUCCUCAUGACCUCAUCUUCUGUCGUCUCCCCCCUGGUGGUCUUCGGACGCCCGAGGCUCUCUUCCAGAAAGCCUUCAGACAGCUCCAGCCCGGUGGAUGGUUUGAAAUCCAUGGAGUUUGUCUUCCCACGUCUGAUGACGAGACGAUUCCGCCAGACAGUGCACUUCAUGGAUGGAUCAACCACAUGAGCAACGCUCUCGAGAGAGCAGACCGCGAUCCGUCUUUGGAUCUCGGUCGAAAGUACGAGGACAUCCUUCGGAAUGAGAAUUUCGUCGGCAUAGCCCGAAUGGAAUACAAAGUCCCGCAGAAUGAAUGGCCCAAGGAUGACUCUCUCAAAGAGUUGGGUAGAUACAACGUGGAAAGUCUCGAUAUGGGCAUUGAGGCAUUCUCGAUGCGUCCAUUCACCGAAUUCCUCGGGUGGACGCCAGAAGAAGUCAAAGUGAGUGAGGCGCUUGUUCGCCGGGAACUCCGCGAUCGAUCAAUUCAUGCAUAUUGGCCACGGUAA